AUGCCCCCGCUUGAAUAUCAGGACUAUCUCACAUGGUUAGAAACUUUAACAGAACAAAGGCUUCGAGAACAUGCCGACCGCAUCGGGGAUCCCUGGGAGCUACAGUUCCAGGCAGAGGCUAUCGGAUAUUCUUACCUUUCACCUGGUACUCCGCCAACCCCACUCAGUAUCCACCCGAUUUGGGAAGAAGUAGAGAUUCAAGAUGAAACCUCGAAUGAAACAUGUGUAAUGGCCGUUCCUCACUACGAGUAUGCGGCAUGUGACCGUUUCAUUGGCAGAUCUUCGUAUCAUCUACGAGAAGCUAUGUGGAGUUAUAACUUCGCUCGAUCCCAACUCCUCGGGCUGACACAGAACGAAGAUACCGUUCCAAGCGCAGCAGCCGACGAUAGCAAUCUGACCCCCGAGGCAGAGCCAGAGCCAGAGCCAGAGCCAGAGCCAGAGCCAGAGCCAGAGCCAGACCCUGAUUUAUCUGGUGUUGAAACAACAGCGAUCGAUGAUUGGUAA